AUGGAUGAAAAGCGUACACGCGAGAAGGACACUACCUGGUGGGACCGCAUUGAACGCGCGCAACCUCAUGAACGUCCACUCAGCACUCUCAUAGCCGUUGACCGUGGUCACUGCGGCUCCGACAGCGACAGAUCUAAGACCUCUGAGACGUCCCCGAUGACCUCCGACGAUGAUUUUAGCGAAGAACCUGAGGACGGCUUGCGCACCCCAGCGUCUGCCGCCUUCAUCAUACCCGCUGUCCGUACACAUAAAUCCCUGUCAUGGCCCAGUUUACAAUCUAAUGUCGCUCUUGCCCCCCAGCAGAAGCCGUCUCCAACCAAGGAGACUUUGCUAGAGCCGCUCCCACUUCCUGGACUUCGGACACCGCUGGCACCCUCUCGAGAGACGAGCGCCCCGCUCAUCAGCGGAUCGUGCCCCUGGUGGACUCGGAAAGUGACAUUCGGUGAAGGAGGCCCCAGUUGGCGGCCAUUGCAAAGUGCUCCGAGGUCGAUGUCAGCGUUUGAUCAAUCUGCGCACGAAACGUGA